AUGUGCCUCCCCUGCUUUCCGUUCUCGGAUGUCUGGCUCGAGGACGAGCCUGAGCAGCCGGCAACCCUGGCGUACCAAUACGUCUGGAACGGAACAAGAUGGAUUCUUCUUCAAGUCAGGGGCAAGCCAAUUUUCCUUAAAGUCUGUCAACAAUUCCCUGCCUUCCCGCUCCGGUCAUCUUCCCAAGCAUCACAACCCUCUUUCCUUCUCAUCUGGGCGGCAAGAGCAAGUCAGUGUGGCUUCCUCAUCACAUCAUCAAUCAGCACCCUUGACAGAUCUCAAACAACGCCCGUCGCUUCAUCUCACCGGUUGGGAAGCCUCGAUAUGUCGUCUCCAACCUUUCCUCCUCGAGCGCGAUCAAGACCCCGCCACGUCGCGUUCGUCGCGGAUGAAGAAGAUAUUGAGCCCAGACGACCUUCUUCCAGCCGUCCCCGCAGAGAUUCCAUUUCUUCUGCAGCUCAGCCACCUGAAGAGCACAGGCCCCAUCCGCUGCCAAACAACAUAUCGAUAGAGGCACAAGCCGGCGGUGCUGGUCCUUCAAACGCUGCAUCGAACCCGGGCAAUCCUUCUGCAUCUGGCGUUGCUGAGCCGGUCCCUAUCCGUUCUGGUACACCUGCGAAUUCCGAUCAAGCUGCUGCCCCUCCUGUGGGAGCCCCCCCGAAUCCUACUGCUGGACGCCAUCAUCUCUUCGACCAGCCUGCGGGGCCACAGCUGCUCCCUCAGAUGUUUGCUGCUCCGUUUGGUGUUGGGCAACCAUUUCCGUAUCAGUUCCCGCCUCAAAAUUUCCUCGGCCCUCCGUCGGGCCCUCCCGGACCUCUCGCAAGCUCUCCUGGCGGAAUGGAGGGCCACCCAGGACCGCAUGUGCAGGGCGUGAACUUUCAACCGCCCGUCCCUGACACCAGCAACGGGCCAUAUGUGCACACUUACCACCCCCGGAGCGACCCGCCAGGAUUCAUGUAUCCCGCAUUUCCAGGAGUCAGUGCCUCGUCUCUUCAAGCAUCCGCACCCCUAUCUGCUCCUUCUUUCUUCCUCCCUUCACCUUUACAAGCAAUGACGUAUCCGAUUUCAGUCUGGACGCAGAGUCUCUACUAUGCAAGUAGCAACACAGUUGUGUCUGCGCCCCUGAUGAUUGCUUGCUUGAUAGUGGUGGACGACUCGCCAUUUUACAAGUGUGGAAUGGAUGAACCUGCCCAAGGAAUCGCGUUUCCCGUCCAGGGUGCGACUAUCGCCGGCGCAACAGCCCCUAUUCUGGUCGGCCCUCAGACGGGCAUGAUGCCGCAGCAAUUCUAUCUAGGAGGCCAGCAACCGGCCCCUGGUCCGCCAAUGGCAGCCGGUCCGCCAAUGGCAGCCGGUCCGCCAAUGGCCGCCCAGCUGCCUGCUCUGGGAAUGGGCGGCCCGCCUCAGGCCGGCUUUCCGGGAAACUUUGGCAUUCACCCCGAGCCAGCCCUCGGCGUUGGCCGAACGCCGGCCGAGACCGCUCUCCACCAGCAGGCGUUUGCAGAGUCCCACGGCCUCAACCAGCCGCAGGAUUUCAAACCUGCCGACGAUGAUCCACAUCGGUGGUAUUGGUGCCGGGAGCUGGACGGGAACUGGACCCAGCGAAGCCGUCUCACCAUCGACAACCUAGGCGACUGCCGCUGGUAUCUCACCGAGAAUGGAGCGUUCUAUGCUGUUCGUCUGCCAAAUUAA